UCCGCGGGGUCGGUUACGGCGGUUCCCUGAGGCCGCCCGAGCCCCAGUCGUGUGUCGGGUUGGCUUGGUCUCCACAGCGGCCAUGAGGCGCAGAGGCCCGGAGGAGGAGGAGGAGGCCUGCGGCGUGUGGCUGGACGCGGCGGCGCUGAAGAGGCGGAAAGCGCAGACACAUUUAAUCAAGUCAAGCACCAAAAUGCUAACACUCUUUCCCGGAGAGAGAAAGGCUAAGAUUUCUUUCACUCAAAGAAGUCGUCCACCUGCAGGCACUCGGCAGACCAGCAUUGUUUCCUUCUUCACCUUGCAGCCAGGAAAGACAAAUGGUGGUGACCAGAGGAGUGUUUCAUCUCAUAUACAAAGUCAGACCAACAAAGAGUCUAAGGAAGAUGCAACCCAGCUAGACCAUCUGAUCCAGGGCUUGGGGGAUGAUUGCAUGGCAUUCCCUUUAGCCACUUCAACCCCUGCAGACAUCCAGGAAGCUAGACUUUCUCCUCAGUCCCUCCAGGCUUCUUGCCACCAUGGAAUAGGAACCCCAUGUGUGACGGUGCAGUCUUUGUUCCAGCCUGAUACCUUUGUCUGUGCUGGAGAGAGUAAAGCCUCAUUGGGCUGUUCCUUCACCCAAGACCUAGAGAGUUCUUGCUUGCUGGACCAAAAGGAGGAAGAGGAUGCUUCCUGGAAAAGGGAAUGGCUUCAUGGAUCUAAGAAAAAGAACCAUCACAGUGUGGAGAGACACAGUAAAACACCUGGGCACAAGGGCCAUCAGCUCUUGGAUAAGACUAACUUGGAAAAUGUGUCUGCCAAAAGAAACAGGCAGGCCCCUGCCGUCCUUCAAACAUACAAGGAUUCCUGGAGUGGAGCAAACACAGAAGCAGUGAAACAAAGCCCUUAUCCUAUUCCUGUGUUUUCUUGGGACAGUGGAAAGAAUGACAAAGACUCUUGGAGUCAGCUUUUUACUGAGGAUUCUCAGGGCCAGCGGGUCAUUGCCCACAACUCUCGAGCUCCUUUCCGAGAUGUAACCAAUGACUGGAAUCAGGGCUUAGGACAGUUUCCUAAUAGCCCUUGGGCUCAGUGCCAGGAUAGGACCACUCAGUUAAAUCUGCAGCCUGAUUUGCUCUUUACCCAGGACUCUGAAGUCCAAGCUCUAGUUCGGCAAGACUGUUGCAGAAGAUUUCUAUAGAGGCAGAAACAUCUGCAGUGAGGAAGGCAGCUAUUGAAG